AUGAGCGACGCCUCUCAAAAGCUCAUAUUUGCUGCUGCCGCAGGCAAUCUGGAGCAGGUGGAGCGGCUGAUCCUGAAAGAGUUUGCCGACGUUGAAGCGAAGGACGGCGAUGGGCAGACUGCUCUGAUUGCCGCUGCUCGCGCAGGCCGGCUGAAGGUGGUGCAGCGGCUUCUGGAGUUACGUGCUGGCAUCGCCCUGAAUGCCAUGGAUGCCAGUGGUCGCACAGCCUUGGACCAUGCUGUGGAGAACGGGCACAAGGAGGUCGUGGCAUUCAUGACUGCAGAUGUCAGCCUGUUGAACUUCAGCCAGGGCCUCAUGCCAGCAAUACAACGUGGCGACGAGAAAUCGAUGAGCCUGAUUCUCAAAGCUGCAAUGCCCACUGAUGGACAGCCGUGGCCGUCUUGGGCAGAUGUGAAUAUGCGAGAUGUCAGGGGACAACCUUUGCUGCAUGCAGGAGUGAAGUCGAAGCGUCCCGGCUUGUUGUCAGAACUUCUGCGCCAGCCUGGGCUAGAAGUCAACAGCCAAGACCGCUAUGGUCGCACUGCCUUGGACCUCGCAGUGGCAAACGGUGAGGAAGAGAUGGCCUUCUUGUUGCAGAAGAAAGGAGCCCAGUCCAGCGAUGAUCUCGAAGACUAG